ACCAUUCGUAUAACGAACUGAGCUCGAACCGGAUUUUAAGAAGAGCAAGGGUUUCGCAGUGAGCUUACUGGUUGCAUUUCUUCGUUUAACAUUGAAAAAAACUUGUAAAAAUGGAGUGCGUAGUUCAAGGAAUUAUAGAGACACAGUAUGUUGAGGCACUUGAAAUUCUACUUCAAGGUCUUUGCGGUGUAAAUAGAGAACGCUUGAGGGUACAUGAAAUUUGCCUUAAAAGUGGUCCAAAUCUUGGAUUUGUUACUUCCGAGGUCAGAUUAUUGUGUGAUCUUGAACAGUCCGAGCCUACUUGGACUGUGAAACAUGUUGGGGGUGCAAUGAGGGGUGCUGGAGCAGAGCAAAUCUCUGUGCUGGUUAGAAGUAUGGUAGAAAGCAAAGCCAGCAAGAACGUGCUUCGAUUAUUUUAUUCACUUGGAUAUAAGUUGGAUCAUGAGUUGUUGAGAGUGGGAUUCACCUUUCAUUUCGAAAGGGCUGCUCAGAUAACCGUGACUGUCUCAUCGGUUAAUAAGAUGCUGAAACUGCACGCAACGGAUGAGGCUGUCCCGGUAACACCUGGUAUACAGAUGGUUGAAGUGACCGCGCCUGCAACAUCGGAAAAUUAUAAUGAAGUCGUUGCUUCUGUGUCUUCUUUUUGUGAAUAUCUUGCACCGCUGCUGCAUUUGUCAAAGCCAGGCGUUUCAACCGGGGUUGUCCCGACAGCUGCUGCAGCUGCCGCUUCUCUUAUGUCAGAUGGUGGAGGCACAACUUUGUAAUAGGAUUUGUAAGGGUUGCAGAAUGUUUAUAACAGGGUACUUUUUGCAUAAUUGAUGAUUCAUCACAUUUCCCCCCUCUAUUAUUAUGGCUAUCACUCAAAGAUGCUAUUUUUGAUCCCAUGUUUCAACUUCAAGACGAUUUGUGGAGUUUCCAUAUUGUGUUGGUGGAACUACGGUGUAACUUAGUCGUUUAUGUUAGGCUUGACUUGAAAUUAGAUUCAAAUUAAAUUUGAUUAAAUAUAAAACUAACUUGAAUCAUGGUA